AUGACAGGCCAGAUUCGCGUGUUGGUCGCGAAGCCGGGCCUCGACGGCCACGACCGCGGCGCGAAAAUCGUCGCCCGGGCCCUGCGUGACUCGGGCAUGGAAGUGAUCUACACCGGAAUCCGGCAGACCCCCGACAUGAUCGCCGAAGCGGCGUUGCAGGAAGAUGUGCAUGUGGUGGCGCUGUCGGUGCUCUCCGGUGCGCACCUUGAGCUGUUCCCGCGCAUCCUUGACGCUUGUCGGCAGCGGGGUAUUACACCUGAAAACACGCUGUUCCUCGGCGGAGGCAUUAUUCCCGACGAGGAUGCCGAAGUAUUGCAGAACGCAGGCUUUUCCGCCGUCUUCGGACCAGGCGCGCACACCGGCGACAUCGCCGAGUACGUCCGCGCCCACGUGCCUGGGCUUGACCGGUCGUGA